AGCUGAUUAGGCGGUUAUCGAUACCAUCAGGUGGUGAAGUGCCAAAAUAAAACAAAAAUUGUCAACAAAAGCGGGAAAAUUUCGCCAAUUUCUUAGUUAACCCACUUAAUAUGCACCGAUCCCACCCGAGCAUCAGUCGCCGCAAGCACCUGAUGAAGGAGAUGAUGGAGGACGACUAUGCCCUGCCCACGGAGAACCAGCAGAUCGCGCGGGUCCUCAGCAGCCGGGGGAACAAUCUCCACGAGGUGGAGACGGCGAAGCUCGAGGAGAACUUUCUGGUUUCAAUGCCCAAUAAGUUCCGCAAGAGCAUGUGGGUGAAAAGAGGCGACUUCCUGCUGAUCGAGCCGAUUGAGGAGGGCGAUAAGGUCAAGGCCGAGAUCUGCAAGAUACUCACCCCUGAACAUGUCAAGGAGUACACGAAAGCUGGAGUGUGGCCGGACAAGUUCACCAAGAAACCUGCCCAGGAGGAAUCGUCCAGCCAAAACCAAGACGACUCCGAUUUCGAGGAUGACCUUCUGCCCAAUACCAACCGCCCCGUAAACCAGGAAUCCUCCUCCGAAGAGGAAGAUGAGGAAACAUCCAGCGACGAAGACUGAAAUUCCUCGUUCAAGUACAAAAUUCGCCCACGUAGUUAAGGUUUUUAUACAAAUUAAACAACUUCGUUAAGAAAUAAUCUAAAGAAA